GUCAGGGACGGGACGACGUUCUGUUCCGCCGCGUCCGAGGGGUGCAGCCCAGCGUUGUGGAGCAGAAAGAACGCUCGAAGGGCUCUCCUGACAUUGACAGUCGACGAUUUAAAACCCCGCUAGAAUUUGUAUGUGAAGCAUUCCCAGACCCUUCAACCAACUCAACAGCAGCUACUUCCCUGUGACUGGGUCCUGAUUAAGGUCCUCCCAAGAAAGACUUCAUUGGAUCCACGCUCAAGAGGACUCUGCCAGGUUUUCCUGACCCCUCUACAUCGCUAUAAAGUGCCAAGGCCUUAAGACUUGGGUACGUGUGUUACAACGGCAAGAGUGCCAGCGCCCACCAAAGACCCAUUGGACCUGUCAGCUCCUCUGUUUCACCAAGCAGACAUAAUAACUUACCAGCAAAGCAGAGUAAGCCAGAUGCCUCUGCAUGAUACCACCAGCUGAUAACACACAAGAAAAAAUAAUUAACUUAGACUAGAACCCUAUGUUUUCUUGAGAAGCUGGGAUUUAAAGGAGCUAUUCUGAGAUCUGUGCUGCUAGUAAGUGACUGAUAACAUAGACUGGAUCAGUCCCUGAGUUCAGAGACUGGGUUGCAAGUGAGUGAAAAAUAGACAACGAAAUCUUGAAGAAUUGCACGGAGGUGCAAGCCAAAUUUUACCCUCUCCAAGUAAUGGUGGUUGGACUGAGAAAGUGCUAAACCAAACCUGUAAUAGGACUGGUUGUUUGGGUGUUUCUCUUUAUCAUUGUUGCCUCUUACAGUUACAUUGCUCUCUGUGUUGUCUCUCUAGGUCCCAAUGUUCUCAGAUAAUUCACAUUGCCCUGACUGUGGACAGCAAUGGUUCCCUAGUUUAGAACUAGGCCAUUGGUUGUACCAAACUGAACUGGUUGAGAAUGAAUGUUACCAAGUAUUCUUAGACCGUAUUAACAGAGCUGAUUAUUGCCCUGAGUGUUAUCCUGAUAAUCCUGCUAAUAGAAGCCUUGUUCUUCCUUGGUCUUUCCCACUUGAGUGGGCUCCCCAAAAUCUUACCAGGUGGACCUUUGAAAAAGCUUGCCACCCAUUUCUUCUGGGUCCUCCACUGGUUAGAAAAAGGAUACAUGACUCUAGAGUUGCUGGUUUUAACCCUGCAUUACAGUUAAUCCUGACCAGAACAGACAAAACCUUGAACAAAAAACUUGGCCAAAGCAAAUAACUUCUGAAACAGUCAAAAUCAUGGAGACUCUAGAGGGUUUUGUACUAGUAGCCCAAGGAAGAUGGAAAAAUGACUCCUUUCUAUAUCUGAUCCAGACUGUCACUGCUCUGGGAAACUGCUUAAAUUGUUGUUGGAUCUGCUUCCAGGGUCUGUGCAUCUCUUCUUCAGCAUGAAUUUAAUCAGUAUUCCAAGCCAGAUUGUUCAUCUAGAACCUGACUAAUCCAUAUUUCCUAUGUUUUGGAAUUAGCUUACUCCUAAAAAUCUCCACAGCCUAAUUAUUGACGUUAUUAUGACACAGUAGUCCUGGAGGAGAAGCCCCAUACUGUGUGUACUUUCAUUAUAUUCUAGUGAUAACUUUUGUGGGAAAGCAUCCUUGUAGCUGAAUUCUAGAUUAUUCCAGUAAAACAACUAGACAUUUUAAUAAUAAACUAUAUUGUUCUAAAUUCCACCUCUUAAAUAUUAAUCAGUGAUAAUUAUAUAUGUAUAUAUAUAAAAUUUAUUCAUAUAUAACCAUUUAUUCAUCAUUGGCUCUAUUUAGCUCAUCCUCAGUGUGGCUAUGACGUUAUCGAUAACUGGUCACUGUCAGAGAAAUCACAUUCAAUCAGCACCUAUAUAGGUGACAAUAAAAACAUGCAGAAAUGCCUCUGUCUACACCUCCUUGGCUCUACAUGAGCAAAGACUAUCCUGUCUUUGUGGUGACUGAACUUAGAAUGUCCUCCCCUGGCAAUGGAAAAGUACCUGUCCUAGGAGAUAGGUGACAAAAGGAGUUACCCAGCUUGACUCCAUAUAUAUUAUGAACAGUUUAGGGGAAGCAUUUUUCUUAGAACUAAGAAGGUCUUACCUGACAUUGGCCUCAUUCUGGCCUUCACGUGUUCAUAAGAAUCAUGGAACUAGAGUUCAGGUUAAGAAACUUAGAAAAAGCAGUUGAAAACAUCUCAGAGGCCACUGAACAAUUUAAAAAUUCCACUUAAGAUUCUAGAUAAUCCAGUGCUUGUGUAGCAACUCAACAAUGUUCUCAAGGCCCCGGGUUCUUUCUGUCUUUCCCCUCUGGGAUCUUUAUCAUAUUGGCUUUUUGUCCUCAUAGUUCUCACCGAGUACAAUGUAGCUUGUUGCUGCUCCAGACAUUUCAAUCCCAAUGAAAGGCUGGAAGUAAGGAGCAAAAAGCUUUCUCCUUUCAAGUCUGUGUCUUUUAUUUGGGAAGAAGAUCUUUCUCAAAAGUCCCUCACAGAUUUUUUCUUACAUCUCAUUACAGCAAGGAUUUUUCCUUACAUCCUUGAUUCACAAAGGAGCCUGGGAAACCUGGCAGAGGGGAAUGGAGUUGCACUGCCUGGGUAGGACACAUUGUCUCCCCUAAUAAAAUCAGGGCUCUUUUAGGAAGGAGGAAGUAAGGAAUGAAUGGCUGUUUGUAUGCAACAAAUCAUGCCUGCCACAUGUUAAAAAGUCACUUGUUAGUCUGCUUAAAGAAUGUACCCCAGAGAUCUGCCCUGUAUCUGCCUUAUGUCUGUCAUGAUGGAAGUUCUCUUCUGUUCUAUUGCUGAAUAAACUGUGUGGACUGCUAAAUUGA